UCUAAAUAACCCUUGUACCUAAACAUAAUCUGAACAGCAACGUAGUAUACUAUAACAACAACUCCAUUCAUUUAUAGACGUAUGCGCUGACUGCACGACUUGGGAAAUCUCACAAUUGGAAAUCGCUUAUUAAAUCGAGAAAACGAAAUCUGUUGCUAUAGUAACUGCAUACGACGUGAUUAACAAAGCCGAUAAUGGCGCAUAAGAAGAAAGCAGCUGCCGUUGUGCUAAAAAGAAAUGGGUCGACAGAUAGCGCUGAAGUGUCGUUCAUGCGGUCUCUACUGAUGGGCACUGAGCCCCCAGCCGCACUCGUCCCAAAAAAGACUAUUGUGCUGCACACAACCAAGGCUUCCACGAUUGAUUUACCAAUCAAGGCAGACGCGCCUUAUAACUGGAGACAGAGAAUUAAAGAUCGCGCUGCAAAGCAAGUCAGUGAAACGGGAGACUGCAUUGAAAUUAAAGGGGAUGAUUUAAACCGUGUGUCACCAACGUCAAGACUUGCAGCAGUAAAGCAUGCACUGAAACAUGAACAAAUGGAAGUGGCGCAGACGAGAGUGACGUCAAUUGGCAUCUUGAAGUGUGACCGCUGCCCUUUCUCCACGAUAUUACAGGACAAAUUUAAAGAGCAUAUGGUUAAUGAACAUGGUGGUCAGGUUGAUGAAUUGGACAAGUUUUUACUGUCACCUAAAGAUUUGCAUCAGAACGCUGCAAUUGGUAACUUCAACAGACACAACUUAGAAACGGUUCGAAAUCUAGCACAGCGUCGUACAAGCAUGAGUCCGACCGAAGAAUACGUUAACUUUAGAGAGGCGAUACGGAGGACUGGGCGUUACCGAUUUAUAUCAGAGUGUGAUCCAACUAAGAAGACGGACGCUUGUAGUUCCUUGGUGAAAGAUUUGCUUCUAAAUGGGAAAUCGCGUUCAGGGCCUAAACCAGCGAUUUUCAUCAAAUCUGAAAAAGUAAAACGGGAAGGACAGCAAACCUUGGACAGUAACACUACACCAUCUCUUGGUUUGAACUCGUGGUUGUUUUCUCCUCCUAAUAACGGUUCACGUAGUCCUUCCGUGUGGUCUAGUGCCUCCAGCCCCGGACACCCUUGGGAUCCUCACCGAGAACGCACUCUCAGCACUGGCAGUAAUGAUAUUUUUGGACUGAAUUACAACACGCCAGUGAUAGAUGAUCCCAUGUACAAACCAAAUAGUCCCAUGUACCCUAUCACUCAAACUUUGGACUCGCAUCCUCGACCUUUGGACCUCACUUACGGUCUCCCAAUGAAACGCGAGAUGUUAUCUCCUGAAUUAGAUACGAGCAGCGAGAAUUCAGGGCCCAUAAUGCGCAAUAAAGAUCCUACUCUAUACUCAAGUAGCUCAAUGAAAAGUGAUGAUGAACUUAGCGUUAGGAGUGGUGUCUCUGUUAAAAGUAGCGUCUCUGUUGAGUCAAGUGGACGCCCGACAUCUCUAUCUGGCUUAAGUAGUCCCAAACGGUAUAUGAAGCCCACAAAACGCUUUUUGGAGCGUUCAACCAAUGAUUCGGGUAUCGCAUUGGAUGACAGUGAUUCCGACGAACCGCCCAGAAAAAUAUCCCCAAUGAGUGAAUUCUCGGACAUUUCCUACAACAGUGCGAGUGUACAAUGUGAUAUUGAACCUGUCUCCCCGAAGUCGGACUUUCACGAGAGUAGACUUAGCCGAAGUCCGAACAUCAUUGAACCAGUUUCAAUCAAAUGUAUUCAUUGUGAUAUUGUGUUCAAUGAUGAAGUACUUUUCUCAAUCCAUAAGGGUUGCCACAGCCAUAACGACCCAUUUACUUGUAAUUUUUGUGGGCUACCUUGUCAGAACAAGUACAGUUUUUACACUCAUAUCAUGCGUGGCCAUCAUGUACAUUGAGUGUUAUCAUGGUAACCGUUAUGCUUUGUGAGUGAGAACAUGUACAGUGAGUGUGAUCGUCACGCCUGUUGAGGAUGAUCAUCAUUUCGUUUUUUUGUAACAAAUAUUUAUGAUUGCAUCAGUCAUAUUUGCUUUCAAGCGGAGAAGUUGAACUCAAAAUAUGUAGAUUUGUAGGUCAAAACGUGGAACUCUAUGAGGUCCAUGGUUCAAUUCAAUCGAGUCAAUGUUUUCAAUUCACUCUGCGAUGACUUAAGUGUCGGGUCAUUAGCCUAGAUGAUAUUGCAAUAAACAGUUAAAGGGCAGCUAUAACCAAAUUACCUUU